AUGCAACAACAACUAACCAACUCCCAGGGUCAACCGACAGCCGCUAUUCUUAGCUUCACGAGAAUGCUGCUAAAAUUGCUUGAAGAAGGUAAUGAGUACAUAGCGAUUUGCUUUGAUCUGGGUGGAAAAAGCAAAAGAGACGAACUUUACGCGGCAUAUAAAGCAGAUCGCCCCCCAACCCCGGACUCACUCAUUUCCCAAUUUCCGUAUGUGCGCAAAAUCGUCGAGGCACUUGGCAUCCCAACUGUGGCAAUGGACGAUUACGAAGCAGAUGAUGUCGCUGGAACUUUGGCAAAGCAAGCGGAGACAGUGGGGUUCGACGUGCUGAUUAUGACCAACGACAAAGAUAUGCUCCAGCUCAUUUCUCCAAAGAUUAAGGUGCAUCGCGUCAAUCCGCGUGGUGGAUAUGAAAUCUACGACGCAGCAGCGUGCAAAAGGCGUUACGGGAUAGAACCGUAUCAAAUCCCCGAUUACCUCGCGCUUGCAGGCGAUAGCGUUGAUCAGAUCCCCGGCGUCAGUGGUAUUGGAGAAAAGACUAGCCCGAAACUACUUUCUGAAUUUGGUACAGUCGAAACCCUCCUCCAGCACCUUGAUGAAGUGCCAGAGCGAUUCCGCACCAAGCUGGAGGCAGGAGAGAGCCACGCGUUAUUGAGCAAAAAACUGGCAACCCUUGAAACCGCCCUUGAACUACCCAUUACACCUGAAGGGUGUAAAGUUGGAGAUAAAAACAACGAAACGUUGCUAGCACUUUUCCGUGAGCUUGAGUUUCACAGCCUACUCGACCAGAUUACAACUGACCGGGAAAUGCCGAAACCGGACACAAACUAUCAGAUGAUUACGGAUGAAGCUGAAUUGAAGCAGCUCAUUGAGGAACUCAAGAAGAACGAGGAAUUUUCCGUAGAUUUGGAGACAACCUCGACCAACCCGAUUGAUGCCCACAUCGUCGGUAUUGCCAUCACCACCGCUCCACAUGAGGGAUAUUACAUUCCGAUUCUGAAUUCCCUGUUGGAUACGCCAUCUUUGCUCUCCCAGGAUCAAGUUUUAGAGGUUCUCCGCCCCGUUCUUGAGGAUGUGUCUUAUCAAAAAGUAGGACAAAAUAUAAAAUAUGACCUGAAGGUGUUCAAACGUCACGGCGCAGACUUGAAAGGCAUCUCGUUCGACACGAUGGUCGCUUCUGGGCUGUUGCAUCCAGCGUCAUCCAGCCACGGUCUGAAUGACCUCGCCUUUACCCAUCUGAACCACAAAAUGAUUCCGAUUAAAGAUCUUAUCGGCACAGGCUCGAAACGGACCACAAUGGAUCUUGUACCGCUCCCACAGAUCACGGAGUAUGCCUGCGAAGAUGUGGACAUCACACUGCAACUCAAGAAUAAGUUUGUGUCGGAGUUGGCGACGGAAGGAUUGACCGAUAUUUUCCGCGAUAUUGAAAUCCCAUUGAUCUCUGUGCUUGCCGAUAUGGAGUUGGCAGGGAUUCAGGUGGAUGGCAAUUAUCUCAGACAGUUAUCGGGAGAAUUUCAAGAGCGUCUCGAUCAGAAAAUGGAUCAGAUCUACGCAGAAGCAGGGCAGGAAUUUAACAUUAAUUCGCCAAAACAGCUUGGUCAGAUUUUAUUUGAAGAACUCGAUCUACCUAAGAACCUGACGCGCAAAACGAAAACAGGUUACUCAACUGAUAUCCGGGUUUUACAAAGACUAGCUCCGCACCAUCCAUUGCCAGAGUUGAUUUUGGAGUAUCGUUCUUUCGCCAAACUCAAAUCCACAUACACAGAUGCACUGGUUGGGUUAAUCAACCCGGAUACAAGACGCAUCCAUACAUCGUUCCACCAAGCCGGGGUCCGGACGGGACGACUCAGCAGCAGCGAUCCAAACCUACAGAAUAUCCCUGUACGAACUGCUGAAGGACGGGAGAUCCGCCGGGCAUUCGUCGCUAGCGAUGAUGACCAUACGCUGAUUGUUGCAGAUUACUCGCAGAUCGAAUUGCGUAUCCUCGCUCACCUCUCUGGAGACGACCGUCUGCGGGAAGCCUUUGAGCAAGAUCUGGAUAUCCAUGCACAAUCCGCUUCUCUUAUCUUUGGGCUGCCGCCGGAGGAGAUCGACGAUGAUAUGCGUCGUCAGGCAAAAACCAUGAAUUACGGGAUCGUCUACGGUGUAGGUGCGUUCCGUCUUUCCAACGAACUGCAAAUUGAUUUUGGUGAAGCCCAACAAUUAAUCGACAACUACUUUCAGACCUAUGCUGGUGUUAGGGACUAUUUUGACCGGAUUGUUGCAAAAGCACAGGAACAAGAAUAUAUCACGACGCUCCUCGGACGACGCUGCUAUGUGCCGGAGAUCCAAGCCGCCGAUCGAAACACGCAAGAAUUUGGCAAACGUGUUGCUAUCAACGCCCCGAUGCAAGGCACAGCUGCAGAACUCAUCAAACUUGCGAUGCUUGAGAUUCAUGACUAUCUGACGAAGAAUGGUAAGCGGACGAAACUACUGCUGCAAGUCCAUGACGAGUUGGUGUUUGAAACACCAAAGUCCGAGCAAGAGGAGGUCUUGAUAGAAAUCAAACGCAUGAUGGAGAAUGCCUGUCAGAUUGAUGUACCCAUUAAGGUUGAUAUCCAUGCAGGGGCGAAUUGGCUGGAAGCAAAGUAG